UCCACCAAACAACACCUACGCAGACACAAACUUGGUCGUCUUCACCCAUACCCCUACCCAUACCCAUACCACCCCCCUUUAAAAGCCCUGCCAUUUGCAACUUCAAAGCUUCAUACAUACAUACAUAUCUUUUCUCUGAAUUGUAUAUACCCAUCCACUUGCUCUGUUUUCAAUGGCUUCCUCUGUUUUCCUCUUCUUCAUGUUUCUUCUUCUUUUCCCCUUGUAUUUAUCUGAGGUGUUGAUUCUACCCCUCACCCACUCCCUUUCAACAGCCCAAUUCAACACUACCCACCACCUCCUUAAGUCCACUUCUACCCGCUCCGCCACCAGACUCCACCGCCACCGCCACCGCCAAGUCUCGCUCCCGCUUGCUCCGGGGAGCGAUUAUACUCUGUCUUUCUCCUUGGGUUCCCAGACUAUAUCUCUGUAUAUGGAUACAGGAAGCGACGUCGUUUGGCUCCCCUGUCACCCUUUCGACUGUAUUCUCUGCGAGGGAAAGUACAGCCCCGCCGCCAUACCUAAUCCGGGCCCUCUCAACCUCAGCUCCGCCGCCCCCGUCUCGUGCAAGUCACGUGCAUGCUCCUCCGUCCACUCCUCCCGCUCCUCCGACCUCUGCGCCAUGGCCAGGUGCCCCCUCGAGGACAUUGAAACCUCCGAUUGCCGGAAAUAUUCUUGCCCGCCGUUUUAUUACGCCUACGGCGACGGCAGCUUCGUCGCCAGGCUGUACAGCGACAGCUUGACGGUUCCUAUGUCGUCGCCGUCGUUGGUUUUGACGAAUUUCACGUUUGGCUGCGCGCACACCGCUCUCGGCGAGCCGAUUGGGGUUGCCGGAUUUGGCCGCGGCGUCCUCUCCAUGCCGGCCCAGCUUGCCACCUCUUCUCCCGAUAUUGGCAACUAUUUCUCCUACUGUUUAGUUUCUCACUCGUUCGACACCGACCGAGUCCGCCGACCGAGUCCACUCAUCCUCGGCCGCACUCAAAACAAGGCCAAACAACUCCCAACCGACGAUUUUGCUUACACCCCAAUGUUGGACAACCCGAAACACCCUUAUUUCUACUGUGUCGGACUCGAGGCCUUAUCCGUCGGCCGGCGAAGAAUCGCGGCCCCGGAGAGUCUCAUACGGGUCGACAGAAAAGGGAACGGCGGGAUGGUAGUCGACUCAGGGACUACCUUCACUAUGCUGCCGCAGGAGUUUUAUAACUCGGUGGUGACCGAGUUCGACAAGCGGGUCGGGUCGGUUUACAAACGAGCCGCCGAGGUGGAAGAUCAAACCGGACUCGGGCCGUGCUAUUACAUGGAUUCCGGCAAGGUUUCUUCUUCGGGUUCAAACGUUCCUCAAAUUCUGCUACACUUCGCCGGAAAUUCCAGUGUAGCGAUGCCCGCCAGAAACUACUUCUACGAGUUUCUCUACGGCGGCGAUAAGGAGAAGGCGAAACGAAGAGUGGGUUGCAUGAUGCUGAUGAACGGCGGCGAUGAGACCGGCGGGCCCGCCGGUCUUCUGGGGAAUUACCAGCAGCAAGGGUUCGAAGUUGUGUACGAUUUGGAGAAGAGACGGGUCGGGUUUGCCCGGAGGAAGUGCGCAUCUUUGUGGGAUACACUCAACCGGCACUAACUUGCACCGCUCCUCGAUGGGCCCCUUGAGUCAACGCCGUCACGUUUGACUUUUUGCUUGACAUUUGACUUCGACAAAGUCAAGUGAAGGUUCGAGAAAGCGGGUGGGUUAAUAUUUUGUAUAGUUUCCACUUUCAUGUUUAGGCAUGUAAUGUAUGUGGCAUUUUCAUGGUUGUACAGUGAAUGGUGGUAAAUAUAAUAACGGUCAAAGUGUCAAACUAUAAGCUUGGUGAAGAGUAAAUAAACAACAACGUUAAAGGAGAAAGUUACUGCUGUCAAA